UUAUCAGGUUCGGCGAUUUGUUCAGGAGAACUAUGGCAUUCCCGGCGGGGAUUUUACCCUUCAUCGCUACUGGCCGGAGGAUUUCCUGCUCAUUUUUCGCAAUCCAUCUGACCUCCAUCGUGUUCUUGAGACACCCCCUUUGCCCCGGGCAGAUUUGGUACUUCGUUUUCGUCGCUGGAACAGAUUGUCCACGGCGGAGGGGGAAUCAAUGUGAUUCCGUGUCAUGCUCGAGAUCAGGGGAAUUCCAGCCCAUGCUUGGUCUGCUGCCGCCGCGCAAGUUAUUCUUGAUAGUGGUCGUUUGGUGUGCUGAUCCUGACCUCAUCCCCAAUGAAGCCAUUGUUCGUAUCCCUGAACGUGUUGAUACUCUUGCAAAUAAUAAUUUGUUUUUACGACCGGAAGAGAUUAUACAUCAUGAACUACCUCUGCUUCAUUAUAAAGUUGAAAUUGAGAUCCUGGAAGUCCAGGACUGGGACGACAACGGCUCUUCUGGUGGCUCCGGCACGUUACCGUCCGAUGAGGAUUACCCGGGCUUUCAUCAGUCGUCUCGCUCCGGUCCGUGGCCGCGCCGGACUGUCUUCCGCACUCCGGGAUUUGGCAACUCUUCGAAUGCUUCUGCGGGCACCGGGGGCCCAAACUCUAGCACUCCGGCAGUCGAUUGCGCGCAGGUGUGUGCAUCUGUGCCUCCUGCCGCGCCUCUCUGGCGUUUUGGUCGCGGAUUACCGGCUACUUCUUGCAAUCGUUUGCCCUCCCCCCCCCCCCCCCCCCUGCGAUUUGGCUCUUUUCCGCCGGUACAUCUUGAGCCGUCCACCAGGUCGGGCCCCUGUUCCUUGGUUGACUCUGCUAAUCUGCAAGCUGUGAACAGAGAUGCGGCGAGGGUCGCCGUGGACUUUGAUCCUAUGAUUGACGAAGCCUCCGGUUUCUUAGGCCGUUGGCUGUCACGUGCAGAUUUGGGAAAUGAGGUGUUCCAUGAAUCUGUCAGUCCAUUGACAGAUACCCAGUUUGAUCCUAUGUGCCUUGAGGCUGGGAUUCUUCCUGAUCAGCCCAGCUCUGUUCGAUGCAAUGACGAUGCUGCUGCUAUUGACACCACCUUGGCUGACCUGGAAUCGAUUCGCUUCGAUGUCCCGGAAAUGGCGCAGGUAGUCUGCUCCUCUCCUGCUGUAUCAAAUAACGUAACGGUCGCCCGGGGAACAAAGGAAACUCUACCAUUCCAUCUUUUUGCCGAUAAUCACGUACCUGUGACCGAGCAUGUCGUUAAUUUUGCACAUUCUGUGUGCAGGGAGGCUCCCCUGCCGGUGUUAAACACCUCUCCACCACGGCGACGCUCCCGUCAGCCACAAGAGACAGUUGCUAUCAGGCGCAGCGAGAGACUGGCAAAAAAGUCACGACAUCGCGCCACCAAGCCCGCGGUCCAGGCCCAGAAUGUGAUGAUGAAAAAGAUGGGCAUAACAUCGGACAGUCGCCCGCCGGAUGCGUCCUCGUUCCAGCAGUUUACGGAUACUUUCUCCUCAAUGCUAACCAAAUUGCACUGCGAGGCGCUUGAUGCGCUGUUACCAGCUGGAAUGGGAGCUCUAGCUGUGGAGCCGGCCGCACCAGUAAUGGUGUCUUGAGGCCAUUUUGGUUGUUUCUUUCAAGUCGCAAAAGUUUGUUAGUUAUGUUAGGCGAAAACUGUUUGGUAUGGAACGUCCGUGGCCUCAACUCUAGGGCCCGAUGUAAUGUGGUACGUGAAAUGGUGGAUCAGGAAAACAUUUCUCUGCUUACUCUUCAAGAAACUAAACUUGAUGACUGCUCCGCUAGUGUGUUUCGGGAGACUUGUGGUGCUGCUUUUGAUUACGUUGCUAAACCGGCAUCUAACACUUGUGGUGGUAUUUUGCUGGCCUGGAAGCGAGAUACGUGGUCGGUUACUAAUCAAUCCUUUCGGUCGUACUGCUUAACGGCAAUGGUAACUCUUUUGCAGAAUAAUACCUCCUGGUGGCUAACCUGCGUUUACGGCCCUCAAGCUGAUUGUGACAAGAUCGCUUUCCUGGACGAGCUCAGGGAUGUUCGAACCUCUUGUGAUGGGAUGUGGGUUGUCUGCGGAGACUUUAAUCUUAUCUAUCAAGCGGCGGAUAAGAAUAAUCAACAUCUAAAUAGAAGAAUGAUGAACCGUUUCCGACGAUUCAUCGUUGACACCGAGUUGCAGGAACUGAACCUUAAAGGGCGCCUUUACACCUGGACAAACGAUCGAGAGAGACCAACGCUAGAGCGUCUUGACCGUGUGUUUGCCUCGGAGGAUUGGGUGCAUGACUUUCCUGAUCAUGAGUUGUCGGCACUGGGGACGGAAUGCUCUGAUCACGCCCCCUUGUUGCUGAAAACUGACUGCUCUCUUCCUCAUUUCAAGAGAUUUCAUUUCGAGAACUU